GUUGAAGAUAUUGCUACUGUGAGGUUAAGAGUAGGAAAUAUUGAAGACGGCAAUGGUAUCAAUGGCGUCCAUACCGCAAUUUUGUUGGAUCGCGCAAAAACGUCUCCAAAUAUAAACGUUACUGGUGGGCGAAGGUCACGCAAAUCUUCAUCGGACGAAUGCCCUAUCAAUGAUAUAGAAGAAGAUGACCCGUUGUAUAGCAGUGUAAAUCACAGUGCUGGAAACUCUUUAGUUAACGGUGCUUGCGGCUACAACUUCCGGCGGAACAACCAGGGGUCGAAUAGUUUGUUCGGUGAAGAUCCACUAUAUUCAUCCAUGGACAGUCUUUCUUUAAAACAUGCACGGGAUACCUUUGAUGAUCCUACUAACACAACGAUUUAUUCAAAACCAUCGGGCAUGGUACACAUCAAUAAGGAUUCUGUGUAUACAUAUGAGAAGAGAGGUGGUCCACUGUUUCAAACUGUGAAUAAUGACAUACUUCAAAGCAAUAACAAUUACUUUGUAGAGUCACUGUACUCAGUAGUAAAGAAGGAUACAUCACGACACAAACAGAUUAAAAAUGCUGUAUUGCAUGAAGCUGUUAACAUUGGUAUUCCAAUAGGUUCAUUGGAGUACCAUAAUGAUCAAAAGAGCAAACAACUGUGCACAAGUAUGAUGCAUGACAAUUGUAUGUACUCUACAGCUGGGGAAAUGGAUAAGCAACCAAUACACUGGAGCCAGAGCGCAUUCAUGGUAAGUGAUAAUGCGCAUAAGGUCACUGACGCAAACAACAUAGACCCGAUUUACCAAACUGUGGAUCUAGAAGAGCGGUUAGAUACAACGUGGAAUAAUGAAGAUCUAAGUAACGUUAUUGAAACCAAGCCAAAACAUGAUUGCAUGGAAGUAAACAAGUCGAUGGCACCCAUCGAUGCCAACGUAUGUGCUGAUGACCCGCUUUAUUCAGUCGUUAACAAGAAGGCACCAAAAGCUUUGAAAAAUACAGAUUGGAACAUGACAGUUCCUCCCGCACCGCUUUGCACCCCAUCAGUCGUUCCACCUUACAGCAAAGUUAAUAAGAAACGUUAUGAGAAAGCCUCGGUUUAAUCUGUGCUUCACCUGACGACUAUCCACACGGCGGUUUAACGAAAUAUGAGAUACAGCAGAGCUUUAAAGAAAAAGUUUCUUAUUAUGUACUCACACUUCAAAGAACUUUAAGUUUAUACUUGUGAUGCAUGCAUUUUGAAAAACACACCUUUUUGUCAAACGAGACAUUGGCUUUUGUGUAAUACAGUCAUAAACAAUGUAGAGAUAAAAUUUUCAGAGUUAUAAAUGUUCAU